GCACCUGGAACUUCGGCCAUCAGUCGGUCUUCAGUCGUUUGCAAGCGACGUCGGUGUAUUUUUUUAUUUGAUUCUUCAUGUCAAGCAUGAACCGUGCACGCAACACAAGAGAUCGUUUUAUAUCGAUGUGAUGAAAGUGUUGUUGAUUCGUGUCGAAUAUUAUUACUGUUGUUAUAUUAGGUAUUAAAAAACUAUGAGUAGCUGUUGAGAAAUGAGUGUGGUGAAAAUGAAAAAGGACGUGAAAAAGAGUUCGUAUUACGUGUGGUUUCUCGGCGCCCAGGAAUGCAACAACGUGAGGGACGUGGACUGCAUUGUUCCCAUAAUAUCGGCGUUGGCCGAACGGGAAAGGAAAAUGCCGCCGCACAAGUUCACGCUGCAGGUGAGCCACCGGGGCCUGAAAAUCGUGCACAACGCCGUGGCCACGCCGUCGUUGCCGGGCGGUAAGAUUUCCAAAAGCGACCUGGUCAAGCACCUGAUUCCGGACCACGCCAUCACCUGCGUGCACCGCGACCAAGACCUGGUGGCCGUCAUACUGCUGCUGUACAACCCGGUGACCAAAUGGCCGGUGCACGUGCACGUUUAUCGGUGCGACUCAGCAGAGACGUCUGCGCUGCUGUCGGGACAACUGCAGACGCUUGUCGACCGACCCGACAACAAGAGAAAGCUCGACGAGAUUGAGUCAAGACUGAGCGUGCCCGAGCCGCAGCCGCCACCGCUGCCGCACCGGGACAACGGCAGGCGCGAACGCAAGAGGGAAUCUCCGCCGUCGUCGUCGUCCGAGAGCGGAGUUCCCGUGGCCACCGGUCACAUGACGUCCCUGUACGAUUCGCUAGCGGCCGAGCUCAAGAAAAAACUGGCGACCGGAAAGAAGACAGGCGCGCCCAUACUGUUACCGCCCAGGGACUACGACACGGUCCACAGGCAUAGGGGAAAUCUCAACGGCAUAGACCUGAGACGGUGCAUGAGCACCAAUAUUGUCGGCGUCAACGCUGCCAAACAAGAGGCCAGGAGAUCCGCGACGAAAAUGGGAUCCAGCGGCGACUCCAGCGGUAUCGGAUCCGAUCACGCACCCAGCCCCGAACAAUACGAACGGGACAACCCCUACGCAGACAACAAUUCCUCUUCGGAUGACGACUGGAACGCCGGUUCGUUCGAAGAACCGCUGUUCGCCAAGUCCGCGGCCGAACAUCCGGUGCCUAGAGUAAGGAGACAGGACAGCGGCGUGGACAGCAACGCUAGUCCGGUGACGUCGACGGAAAAAGACUACUAUGGCAACAAGCAGGAGCGCGUCGACGGCAACGAUUUCCGGAAACAAACGAUUGCGCCGGACAUCCGGGAAAAGUACUCGGAUCGCAACGUGGCGCUGGUCGAGCCGAGACCUCGGAAAAAGAACGAUGCGACCAGGAAGCCGACCGCAGCGCCCGAACAACGUCGGAAACCGGUGGAAGUCCGACAGCGGACGCCUUCGCCGGACCGGACUUCCGUCAAAGAUACUCCCAGAGAUAGGUUCAAAGACGCUAAAGAAAAAUUCCUCAUGCUGGAGAAAGAACGAAUCGACGAGCAGAGGUCGGCCCUGAAAAAAUGUCUGGAACGACAACGGAAAGAAGCAAAGCCCGCUAUGAUCCGAGAGGCGGUGAGAGGAUCUAGGAAUAGUAAUUGGUCCAAGGCCCACGACUCCGACGACGAAGUGGAUCGCCCUAGUAGAUACGUCGACGAAUACGACGAGGAAGAGGUUCACAGGGGGGACAGGAGACUCAGCUGUUGCAAAGAAGAUUGUGAUUACGACUACGAGGACUAUCCAAAACCAGUAGCCACUAGACGAUCGAGGAUCAUACAAGAAGAACUCGAACCCCGAUCGGUUCCGAGGAGCUAUUCUGACGAUUACCUAGAACAGAACAGUAUUAACUACAGGCCGUCGUCGUCGGACGUAAGGUACGGUAGUCCUCAGAGGCGAACGGUCGAAGUGCCCAGGGCCGCGCCCAGGCGAAACCACUUCGGCAACGACGCUGCGCCGCGGUCCGACUACAAGCGGCGGUCCACGGCCGCCUACGAAAACGCCGGCAGUAGUUCCGGUUACGGACGACACUGGGACGUCGGCACGUCGGAAGGCGGCCGGCGGGACGACGUCGAUUACAAACGACGGUCGGAGGCGUACGCGUACGACGACCACCGCGGCGGCGAGCUCAGCGGCGGCUACGGCAGACGCGACAUGGACAAGCGGACUAACGAAGACGUCCCGGCUUACCCGAUGGAUGCGGCCCCGGUGUCGCCCAGGUACAGGCACAGUUACGCCGAACCGUACCACAGGCGCCACCAUCAGCCGCCGCUUUUGCCUCCACAAGAUCCGUUGUACCGGCAGCAUCACGUCAACGGCAGGAUAGGCAUCGCAGCCAUUCACCCUUAUUGAUGCGACGAUGAUUUAAUUAACAUACUUUGAUUUUAUUAUAAAUAAACGUGUGUGUAAGCAAUUUUUAGUUGUUUGGAAGCUUUCAGAACAUGUCAAUGUGUUGCGAAAUAAACGCAAACACUGUUGUUUAAUGAGGGUGUAUUAAAAAAAAAAAAUGCUUUAAAAUUCACAAUUAUGGUCCAUAGUUCUGAAGACUUUUCACGAGUAUCUACUUAAUAUAUUACAGUGAGCUGACCAGGAUUUAUUUCCGAGAAGGUUUAUAAUACCUUCCCCGUUCGGUUGUGUCACUACAACCUAGUAGUGUUAUCCACCAACUUCUUACCUAAGCAGCCCCUGCAUGCUCAACAACCUUGAAUCGAAUAAAAUUUGGGGAAAAUAUAGAAGAAAUUAAACUGUUUCCGGACCAUCAACAAUAUUGUGCUAACUGAAUUAUUGUGUAAUAACAUUGUUUGUGGUGUAGACGGGCUUGAAAUCUGAUUAUAUGUUUGUUUGUUUAUGAUUAUUUGAAAAACUUUUUUAAUUAUUUUACUCGGACAAUAUUAACUGUUGUGUUAUGUGCCAAGAGUGACUUUGAUGUGUCGUCGACACUGAUAAAAGCUUGGUGAAUUAUGUUUUCCGAGCUCUAUGAAUUUGUUAAUUUUCUUUUAUCUUUUCAUCUUUAUUAUUAUAAUAUUUGUAUUUUAUUUUAACAACUUGUGAUUUAUAUGUAUUGUGAAAUACGCGCUAUGUUGUGGUAUUUAAGCUAUUGUUUUGUUGAAAUUCAAAAAGAAAUAACAACUGUAAAUAAUCUUUAUAUUAUACAUAAUAUUACCGUGAUUUUAUUAGGUAUACAUUUUUGUGAAAUUAACACAACCUUUUGACUGUACCCGUACCUUUAUAAAUAUGUUAUGUAUUUUUCAUUAUAGCAAUACGAA